UAAAAUUCCUCUGCACCAAAUGUACUGUGGCAUGGUAAACCAAUUUGGCUCGCCCUUGCAAAAGCAGGAUAAAAAUCCCAGUGCAGGUUCCAGCGUAUGACCACAGACGGCAGCAGACCGCCGGAGUACCGAGCACUCAUAUCGUCGGUGGCUUCCGUACCUUCCUGUGCUUCCCCGAUUGCCUUCGCCGCCUUUUCGGGUUUCUGCCGUUUUCCAUCUGUAGUCAUCAACGUACUGGAGGCCGAAAACAGUGCGUCACGCAGCAGAAACCGGUGGACAACCACGGCGCUACGUGUUCUGUCGCCACUGAAAGACUUAAGACUGUUCUACAGCAGCAUUCUAUAUUUCAAGCUGGCUGAGCAGAAACAGCCAUACUUCGAAUGCACUUUCGCGGGUAAUGCGGUGGGUGUGGCAUGCAUUAGCGCACUUUGCUUCCUCACGUGACAAAGCUCCUCUAUCGUAGGAUAUGGCGGAGGUGAUUGUUGAUGACCAUCGACUGAUGAAAAAAUACGCCUUGCAAGAAAUGAUAACUCCAAUAUUUAGUAUUGUUGCGCUAUCGAGCUUGCUAUUCCUUCUUGUUAGUAUUUCAUGGGCUGUGAUCCUGCAAUUACCGUUAUUCUCCCACCAGGGAUUGAAAGGACUAGAUAACGUUCUCCACGUUGUUGUAGCCAUAUUCAUCAUAUGUAUGUCAACGAUCUUGAUCAUGUUUGAGGCACUUGACGCUAUUUGUGUUACCGUUGUAAUGAGCUGGAUUCGCGGAGCAACAGACAUUCGAUGGACGAGCCGCAUAAACUCCGACAGCAUCGUCAACUACGAGUCGUCAACUCUAGUUGACUAUCUGCACCUCUUGAGGCGAGCUCCGCAGAAUAUAGAAAUGCAUACUUGAAGACAGCCAGGAACCAUGCUGCCUUCUGAUGCGGUAUCCGCUGUUGGCGUCCUGGCUUGCUGUUACCCCCAGAUUUUUGGCUUUGUGUUGAUACUUUCUGCUUUGUCUAUGCACAUGGUUUCUUUUCAUUCAUCAGUGUCAAGAGAGGUUUAAUUGUGACAGAGGGCGACAGCCAUGCUGACUCGAGGGAUGUGUCACAUGGCCAGCAGACAGUAAACCCUGUGAACGAUUUAACUUGCAACUUCAAAGUGAUCGCUUAGGCGGGAGCCGCCUAAAAUCCCCCCACAGUAA